CUGAGCCAGUAGCAUCUCCGCACGCGGCUCGACACAUGUGUGACCUUUGGCUAUCCUUCUAAGUCAAAUAUUACGCCUUAAAGGCUGGCAUAAUAUACUGUGUUUGUAAUGGCAAAGUUCAAUAUGGUACAAAAGAAAAGAACUCAAAAUGGUAUGCAUUCUCAUCAGGCAAAGACAGAGGCAAACCAGUUCAAAAAAGUAAAAUUCAAAGGGGAAUAUACUCAAAAUGGGAACCAAACAAACGGUGUGGAUAUGAAGUCGUCAGAUUCCACGAGACGAACAAAGGAGGUGGAUUUAAGUCCCGAAAAGCCUAGUGAAACUUCUAAUGGUAAUGAUAAAACACAGAAUGGAGAAACUGGGAAUCACAGUAAAGAGAAGAAAGCCAAUAAAAAGAAAUGCAAGUGGAGGGAGAACUUGAAGAAGAAGAAAAUGAGAGCCAACGGCAGCAUUCCAGUCGCAGACGCUCCAGCAAAGAGGGCACUUGAGGAGGGUCAUGAAGCCUCAGGUCCUAUGAAGCGAAGGAGAGAGGAGGACGGAACUCAGAAUGGUUCCGCAGCUGAGAGCAGUGCAAGCAGUCCUAAAGAACCUGCCAAAAAGGGCAAACAGUUCUCAUCAAAUUGGAUGCAGUUAAAAACAAUUUUAGAGAAACAGCACAAGGCCUCAAAUCCACACGGCAUUUCUAGAGAAAAGAAAGGCCACAAACAAAAGAAAGGUGCUGCCGGGGACGCUAAGAGGAGAGAACUCAAGGAAAAGCCGGACAUUUGGUUUGAUAAUGUGGACCCCUUGCUGCUUGAGACGGAGAACGAAAAUAACAAUUUCAUAGACGGAGGCAGAAGCAAGCACAAGGAUGACCGUCCGCUGGAGAAUGGUCAAGCUGCCGCCCUUGCGAAGAAAUCACAUGAGGAGUUGACUCAAGUUAUUGCCAUGGAUUGUGAAAUGGUUGGGGUAGGGAUGGAUGGCAAAGAAUCCAUCCUAGCAAGAGUUUCCAUUGUGAAUCACAGUGGGAAAGUGCUCUAUGAUAAAUUUGUCAAGCCAUUAGAAAGAGUUGUUGACUACAGGACACAGGUCUCGGGGAUUCGCCGUCGUGAUUUAGAGAAAGGUGAGGACUUCAAAACGGUUCAAAAAGAAGUGGCAGAUUUACUCAAAGGAAAAGUCCUAGUAGGCCAUGCUCUGAAAAAUGACCUUAAAGUCCUCUUCUUGUCUCAUCCUCGUACUCGCAUCAGGGAUACCGCAAAAUACAAAGGCUUCCGGAACUUGUUCAAAGGUACAACUCCAUCCCUGAAAAACUUGACGGAAAAAUUGAUCGGUGUCAAGAUCCAGCAUGGAGAACAUAGCUCGGUCCAGGACGCCCAGGCUGCCAUGCGACUGUACACAGCUUUCCGCCGGGAAUGGGAGAACAGCAAGAAGCAGUUUAACAAAAAGAAAACUGCUUCUGUAAAAGAGCAAUCUAAGGACAAGAAAUUGGAAACGGAUGCAGAAGUGGAUGUAGAUGCAGAGUAGACAGACCACCAUCUGUUAAUAUCAAUUUCCAUUAUGAUUUCAGAAUAAACUAUAUCUAUA